GUAGCCUCUUAGUAAUUGUUGACUGAAUGAUCAGGACAAGAAACCAGUGACCUGGAUGGCUGUGCGGGAUUGGAGGUUCCGGGAGGGCGACCAAGGAUCCAGGGACGGGUGGGAUGGAAUAGGGACUGCACUCAGGACGUGGUUUUGCCUCAGGAACUGAGCGGGAGGAAUGUAAGCGCCGCAGCCCCAUCCUUCCAAUUCUUGUUAUCCCCGCUCAGGAGGGUGAAGAGGGGUCUCGAGUCCCAGUGGCAGGGGUGUGUGUUGAGUGGGUUGGCUGCUUGUCGUACUCCUCCGCCAGAGUCCCGGGGCGCUGGCCGCGGUGCUGAAAUCAGCGCUCUCGGAGGAGGGAGGGAGGAGGAGCCAGGCCGGGCAAAGGGGGCGGAGCUCUCUGAUGCUCUGAGCUGGAAGAGGGGAGGGGCAGGGCGGCGCCAGCAGGCCCGAGACCCUGGCUGGCUUGAGAGGAGGCAGGAGACGGGAGAUAGCAGGGCUAGAGCAGAAGUACCUGAGCAAGCUUCCCCUGAAGAAGCCAAGGUCAUCUUCCUUGUCCUAUCAGUCCUCUUUUCUCUACCUUAGAGCUUCACCUUGUGCCCUGACCUCGGCCUUCUCUCCAAACCUAGCUGAGGGGUGACCUAUUUCUGGGCCUCAAUUCAUCUGCAAAGCCACUUCCAGCCCACCAGAACCCCAGUCCGGGACCCAGCGCCUUCACCAUGGUGAAGUUGCUGCCUGCCCAGGAGGCAGCCAAGAUCUACCAUACUAACUAUGUGCGGAACUCAAGGGCUGUGGGUGUGAUGUGGGGCACGCUUACCAUCUGCUUCUCCGUGCUGGUCAUGGCGCUCUUCAUCCAACCCUACUGGAUUGGUGACAGCGUCAACACACCACAGGCAGGCUACUUUGGCCUUUUCUCCUACUGCGUGGGCAACGUGCUUUCCUCUGAGCUUAUCUGCAAGGGCGGACCACUGGACUUCUCCUCCAUCCCCUCUAGAGCCUUCAAGACUGCCAUGUUCUUUGUGGCCUUGGCCAUGUUCCUCAUCAUUGGCUCCAUCAUCUGCUUCAGCCUGUUCUUUGUCUGCAACACGGCCACUGUCUACAAGAUCUGUGCAUGGAUGCAGCUGGCUGCAGCCACAGGCCUGAUGAUUGGCUGCCUGGUCUACCCGGAUGGUUGGGACUCAAGUGAAGUGCGGCGCAUGUGUGGGGAGCAGACCGGCAAGUACACACUAGGCCACUGCACCAUCCGCUGGGCCUUCAUGCUGGCCAUCCUCAGCAUCGGAGAUGCCCUCAUCCUCUCCUUCCUGGCCUUUGUGCUGGGCUACCGGCAGGACAAGCUGCUCCCUGAUGACUAUAAGGCAGAUGGAAAAGAGGAAGUCUGAAGCAGCUGUAGCGUUGGUCAUCUAGUUGCCUGACAAUGGAAAGUGAGGGAAUCAUAUUCUUCAGAAAUAAAAAAUUUGUUCCUUUCAAGCUUCCCUGUGUCUGCUACUCUAGGCCGGACAUCCUGAAGCCUUUCAUUAUAGGAUUAGAACCUGAUAGUCCCCUGAGAUAAGACCUCCUACUGUAUCUGGAAAACUACAGUGAAGCAGAACUGCAGUGACCACAUCCAUGAUGUUCAGAGACAUGGAUGUAACUCUCCUAAUUGGGGAUCCAUGUUCUCUUCUUAUCCCUCCACAGCGGGAAAUUGCUUUAGCCUCUUGAGGCCUCUUUGUAAAAUGAGAGCGGAAUGAAUCCGAAUCCAGUGGCCUCCCACAUCUGAGUUCCCGAUAGCCUAACUCACCAAGGAUACCCAGAAACUGCCACUCAGCUCUAUGAGGGCAGUGAAGAAGAGGUGGCUGUAAGUGUGCUGGAUCAUUUAAGGUUGAGGUUUAGAGGGUCUUUUCUUUCUCAUGUUUUGUUUUCUUAUUGAUGCUCAGAAGCGGGUAAGGAAUGGAGAGGCCACCAGAACCUGAACCCAUCAGGAAGUCUUAUAAAGAUUGGGUGAAUAUGGGAUCUAAAAACUUACCAGACUAAAUUGACCUCUUUACCCUUUGGAACCAAAAAUCACAUCUCUUCAUAUGCUCACUCUGACCCAAUCACAACUGGCUACCAACUUCAGAAAGUUGUUACUUAUGGCAAAUAAUUUGUUAUAGUAACAGAUGAUGUUUUUUGUAAAAAAAAAAAUUGGAUUUGGUACAUUAAAUGGUGAACCUUUCACUAGCCUCCAGAGUGGAACUCAGUUUUGGUAAUAUUUCAUUAUAGUAAAUGCCAAGACAAAGAUAAGUUACUCAGGCUGUUCUCUGCCUGGAGGUUGGUGCCUAGAAACAAGGUUUUGUUGAUUAUCUGCAGUGAAUGAUCCAGGAAGAAUAGGUGUUUUUUCCUGAUCUUUGUCCAUUUCUUCAGUAAAGAGAUGUGGGUGCUGUGCUCUCACAGGUGGAAAGCAGGUAAAUACUGAACAAAACUAAUGGACCUUGUCAUUGCUUCAUCAAGCAGCAGCGACAUGGGGAACAGUUUUCUUCUGGGCUGCAGGGCAUGCUUUUUAACCAAUGCAUGCUGACAACCUGCCCAGUCAGUGCAGUGUUUCUUCUCCAGUUCAGAUGGGCUAGGAAUGAGCAUCUGAGCAUUUGUCCCAGUUGUUGGUGAUGGGAAAUAUUAGAAUGGGAUUUAAGAAUGAUCACAUUCAUAUUUUCUUGUACUGAUAUUUUAAUCAGGCAUCUACUUUAUGCAAGCUUGAUGAACAACAGAAUUUGGCAAAUUCCAUAGCUUAGUGAUUUUUCUAGCUAUAUUUGUUUAGUUAUUUCUCUUAAUUUUACUUCUUAUAAAAGACAAAAGAAAAAUUUCUUAGUCUCCUUACCUUCAAAGUAUUUCUCACUGAAAUGGCAACCAUGGUGAUCCACAGAAGCUUCUGGGGGGCUUAAAAUGCAUCUGCCAAUAGCUCACACCUUGUUCUUGCCAAGAACAGCGAGUUUCAUCAAAGCAGGAGUUGAUGUUUACCAACGACCAGUGCUGGGGAAGAUCCGCAAAUCUGUUUGAAUCGCAUGGCUCAGCAUUUCAUCUUAUGCUUCAUCUUCAAGGAAACUCAGAACUCAACCUCUCCAAUAAAUGAUUUUUGAUUAUACUGUUUAUCAGCUCUUUUCAAGUGGCUCUAUCUUUAAAUUCUUAAAGGCACCUCAAAUCUCAUCUUUGAAAGUAUACAGAAAAUCAAUAAAACCAGCACUCCUCUAACCAAGUUGACUUAAUCCUUCUGCCUUGGGCUGGGGCAUAGGGAUGGUUGUGAUGCUUAAA